AUGUCUAGCUCGACGCCAAACCCUGAUGGACUCUACCCUAUAGUGGAGCUGAACUUCAAAGGUGUUUUUCUUAGAAAUCCUUUCUCGUAUAACCAUGAUAUCAAUUUCACUUUCAAUGAUCACGAUUUUUCUGGAAUGACAUACGGUGAAUGUAUCACCUUUCUCGAAUGGUUCAUGCAAGAAAGUAUAAAGAAGUUAUACUACUGUGAACCAGGUAAGCCCUUAAUAUCUUGGAUAACUGCUAUUGCUAAUAAUGAAGACUAUGGUGGUUUCAUUUUUCAAGCAUAUGGGACAGAUGGUAAAAUUUGUAUGUAUGUGGACCAUGAUAGUCAAGGAAUAGAAUAUUGGUUUGGUUCUGACAUAGAAGAGGAGGAUGGAGAUGAUUAA